CUGUUGUAAGGUUUGACAUGGAGAGAUGGAAUAACCAAAUUAGUUAUUUCCUUCCUGGAACAAAGGUGCACUUUAGGAUUGAUUAUCAAUAAAUUUGUUGAAAGAAAGCGGUGUUGAUGUCUGAAUCUGAAGGAUGGAGAUACCUGUUUGAACAGGUUUGUUGUGAGGCUUAAAGGGAUGGGAAAACACUUGCAUCUGAAAAGAACUCUUACCACCACUGCUGAGCCUGUGUCUAGUAUGAAAUGCAAGUCUUAAAAAACUCAUAACCAUGUCUGGACAAAUAUGUUUCCAGAUCAACUCGUAUGUUUUACUGGUCUGCACACAGUUCUGUUUUUCCUGAUUUUUCAGCCACCUAAAUUAAAGUGUAAAGAUUUCUCUCUGUGUUACUGGAAUCCCUAUUGGAUGCUGCCCUCUGAUGUUUGUGGAAUGAACUGCUUUUGGGAAGCGGCUUUUAGGUAUGGUCUGAAAGUACAGCCCGUCGAGAGGAUGCACCUGGCUGUAGUUGCCUGUGGUGAACGACUGGAAGAAACCAUAACCAUGUUGAAGUCAGCGAUCAUUUUCAGCAUCAAACCUCUUCAGUUCCAUAUUUUUGCUGAAGAUCAACUACAUGAUAGUUUCAAAGGCAUACUCGACCGCUGGUCAUUUUUACAAACAUUUAAUUACUCAUUAUACCCAAUAAGUUUUCCGAGUGAGAAUGCAAUGGAGUGGAAAAAGUUGUUUAAACCAUGUGCUUCCCAAAGAUUGUUCUUGCCAUUAAUCCUGAAAGAAGUUGACUCACUAUUGUAUGUCGACACUGAUAUCCUUUUUUUACGGCCCGUUGAUGACAUUUGGUCUUUACUCAAGAAAUUUAAUUCCACACAAAUUGCUGCAAUGGCACCAGAACAUGAAGAGCCUCGAAUAGGAUGGUAUAAUCGCUUUGCCAGACAUCCAUACUAUGGAAAAACUGGAGUGAACUCUGGAGUUAUGUUGAUGAACAUGACUAGAAUAAGGAGGAAGUAUUUCAAGAAUGAUAUGACAACUGUGCGGAUGCGAUGGGGAGACAUACUGAUGCCAUUGCUCAAGAAAUACAAACUGAAUAUCACGUGGGGUGAUCAAGAUCUGUUGAAUAUCAUAUUUUUUCAUAACCCAGAAAGUCUUUUUGUUUUUCCGUGUCAAUGGAAUUAUCGACCAGAUCAUUGUAUAUAUGGAAGCAAUUGCCAAGAAGCAGAGGAAGAAGGAAUCUUUAUUCUUCAUGGAAACAGAGGUGUUUACCAUGAUGAUAAGCAGCCAGCAUUUAGAGCUAUUUAUGAAGCACUGAGAAAUUGUUCUUUUGAAGAUGACUACAUCCAUUCCUUGUUAAAACCUUUAGAACUGGAAUUGCAAAAGACAGUGCAUACAUACUGCGGGAAAAUUUACAAAAUAUUUAUCAAACGGCUAACCAAAAGCAUCCAAGACCGCUAUGAUCGACCACCCAAGGAAAGGUGACUCUUGGAGACUACUAAGUCAAAUGAAUUAAACAAACAAAAUAUAGAGGAAACGUGAAGAAAUAGUCUUGGAUGAAGUGUUCAGGAAAGAAUUAUUCAUCUUCAGAAUAAUUUCUUUUUCCUGGGGAAGUUAAAUGAGCAAUAUAUUCAUUUAAUGAAGAAUAAAUUAAAGUCUUGGGACUCCAAUAAGAAGACAUUUUUCAUCUCUGACGUUUUAUAAUGUGAUUUGCUGUCAUUCCAGUAUUGAUGAAAAUACUAAAUUGUUUGUAGCCUCUAGACUUUGGUUGACUCUUAAGCUCAAGUGAGAAAGAAUAGUGGAAGGGACGGGGUAUAUGAAUGGAGAAAAUGUACCUCAUACACAGUGGGUUGCAAACUGUGAGUAUAGCAAUAAUUUUGCCAGCACUAACCUCACUUUAAAUGUGUGAGAAAAACGUUUACAGGAGCAGAAAAGAUUCUGUUUCUAAAGAAAUGUGAUAUAACCAUUGACAAUCCAUGUGUGCCUUCAUAGAUUUCAUCUCUGUUUUAAAAUCUUUUUUUUUUUUGACAAUCACAUUUAAAAUUAUUUUUAGAUUACAAGUAAACUGCAUGUUUAAAAUGGCACUGUAUAAGAAAGAGGGAAAACAGUGAUAAUUGUGUUUUAGUCUGUGUAUGCUUGUGAAAUAUAGUAUUUUCGUGUGUUUAUUUUUAAUCUGUCUUGCCAAACUCAGAUCUAAGAUCGUUAAAUGUUUUGGAAAAAACACUUUUUUUUGUCAUUUUAAAUGAAGAAUUUCAGCUUUACUGGGCAUUCUGGAAGCAGAAAAAGAAAUGAUAAUAAAAUGAAAACCUAAAUAGUAAA